CCAGGACAGGGACUGAGAUUAUCUGAGGGAUUUACCUGCAGGAUUUACCGGGCUUUCUAACCAGAUGUACAUUUUUCUGUUGCAUUUUCGUUUCACUGAUAACCGGAAGCAGCAGGACGCGACGGUGUCUGUGACGAAAGGCUUCCAGGAUACUGGGACUUUCCGUAACGUUACCGACUGAAUUGCGAAGCGGUCCUGCUAUCAUUAAACUAAAGAGGGACAUCCAUUAUCCUUACCAAAGGAGGAUAAAAUUUUUCUUAUUGGGUUUUUUCUAUUCAAUUAUGGAGACUUAGACACCUACAAAAGGGAUGUUCGAGAUGGGGGGAGGGGUUUGAGAGCACAUAUCCCUUGGUCUGUGUGUGUGUGUGUGCGCUUGAGACAUUUAUUUAACUUCUAAUGUUCAUACACAUGAUCACAUACCGUAUGUUAAAGUUUGUAUGGUUCAAUAAUUUAUUAGACAUGUAUGUGCUAAAUAUAAAAGAUAAUAAAGUUUAUACUGAUCCUGGGUGAUCAUCUGUAAUAUUAUGAUUAUUGAUUUGAGGAUGCAUUUUAAUUACGCCUUUUUAAAAUAGUCCAUUCUUUUUAACUGUACAGGAUGUGUUUUGUUUGACAUACAUCCACUGGGACUGCAACUGAAAAAGCUGUUUCAGCAGUUAAAUGUUCAGAGGUAGUACUCUCUACUGGGUACAUGUAAAAUGUGUAAAGUACAGGUUACAGACAACUGUGUCCUUGGGCACCUUGUGCAGUUUGUAUCCAAUGCUGUGGGAUGAUGGUGGUUGCUGGACUGGUAGUUUUAUUUCUUCUGCAUUCUCUAAGUUUCACACUUAGCCAAUCCUCGCUUUCUAUUUUACUGUCUCUCCCCCACCCCCGAUCUGUUUGCUUAUUUUCUGUCUUAGUGUGAGUGAGUGUGUCUGUGUGAGAGAGCAAGACCUUGGGUUUUCUCAAACCCCUCUCCCUUUGAAGGACAUCUCUUUUGCCAUAAAUUCCUCUACUUAAAUACAAAAAUGGAAACUCUUGUUCAACUCAAAAACAACCCGUUUUUGAUGGGGUUGUGUCGCAAUGGCCCUCCACCUGAUCUGCAAUAUGAUAACUCCUCAGAGCUCUUUCGCAUCUCUACUUUUGCUCGAUUCCCAUCUUCGGAAGUCACAGAGCGAAGUCUGGCGAGGGCAGGUUGGUUCUACACCGGUGUGGGCGACCGCGUGCAGUGUUUCAGGUGUAAUGUGACGGCAGAGGGCUGGCAGGCCGGAGACUGUCCAACAGAGAAACACAGACAGCUAUCUCCUUCCUGCUCCUUCAUCCAGAGCCUCCCAUCUACAGCCAACCUGCUCUCCUCCUCUCACUCCGCCUUCUCCCCACUCCGCAUUGCCCCAGCCAUACCGCUUUCUGGUCCAGGCCCAGCUGCUCCUAACCAAGGAGAGGAUCCAAUCGGCUAUCUAAAUAUGGGCUUCUCUGCACCACCACCCUCCAGCCCACUUAGCUCUCGUGGUGUAGAGGACAUGUCCCACCAGAGACCAACAUGCCACAACCCCAGCAUGCGCAGAGAGCAGGACCGCCUGGACUCCUUCCACCCCUGGACGCUCUCUAUCAUAACUCCUGCUGAGCUCGCCAAGGCGGGCUUCUACUACCUGGGCCAGGGCGACCGAGUGGCCUGCUUCAGCUGUGGAGGACAGGUGUGUAGCAUCACAGGGACACAAACCACUGCUGCCCUCAGGAAGCAAAUAGCUGACAAGUUGAGUAACUGGGAGCCAGGUGACAGAGCCGUCUCCGAACACCAGAGGCAUUAUCCAAACUGUCGUUUUGUGCGGGGGGACAGAGCCGACAACGUGUCGCUGGCCGGAGCUGCUUCUGGAGGAGUAACUUCUCAACUGCCUGCAGGAGCCCCAGCCCUCAAUGAUGUGUCCAACCCUGCCAUGCAUCAGAGCGACGAGAGGCUGCUCACUUUUGUCAACUGGCCGUCUCGUAUCCCUGUCCGGCCUGACCAGCUGGCUAAAGCCGGCUUCUACUAUGUUGGUCGUAACGAUGAUGUCAAGUGUUUCUGCUGCGAUGGAGGCCUGCGAUGCUGGGAGUCCGGAGAUGAUCCCUGGGUGGAACAUGCUAAAUGGUUUCCUCGGUGUGAAUACUUGCUCCAGGAGAAGGGACAAGAGUUUGUUCACCAGAUCCAAGCUCGUUUCCCUCGGCUGUUUGAGCAGCUUUUAACAAAUGGAGACAGCAGCUCCAGAGAGUUUGUGGAUCCACCUGUGGUUCACCUUGGUCCAGGAGAAGAGCGGUCUGAGGACGCUGUCAUGAUGAACACCCCUGUGAUUAAGUCUGCUUUAGAGAUGGGCUUUGAGCGUAGUCUAGUCAAGCAAACAGUCCAGAGCAAGAUCCUGACCAGUGGAGAGAACUACAGAACGGUCCAGGAGCUGGUUUCAGACCUGCUGAGUGCCGAGGAUCAGAAAAGGGAAGAGGAGCGAGAGAUGCUGGCAGAGGCGAUGGCUUCAGAUGGUUUCACCUUUGUGAAGAGACACCAGGCAGCAUUGAUCCAGCGUCUGAAGAGUGUCGAGCCAGUGUUGGAGCAUUUAAGAGAGCAAAAUGUGUUAUCUACAGAGGAGUACAGCGGUCUUAAGGCUCAGACGUCGGCCCAGCAGCAAACUGCCAAGCUGAUAGAACUCGUCCUCACCAAGGGAAACGCUGCAGCCGAGGUCUUCCGCAACUGGAUCCAGAAAAACGAUGUCCAUCUGCUCAGAGAUCUUAUGGCCCAAUCAAACGAAGCUGCAUCACCAAGCCAAGAUCUUUCAGACCUCCCCAUGGAGGAGCAGUUGCGGCGCCUGCAGGAGGAGCGUACCUGCAAGGUGUGCAUGGAUAAAGAAGUCAACAUCGUUUUCAUCCCAUGUGGACACCUGGUGGUGUGCAAAGAGUGCGCUCCAUCACUACGAAAGUGCCCAAUCUGCAGAGGCCUGGUCAAAGGCACGGUCCGAACCUUCCUCUCAUAACCAGGAGGCUUUUUUUUAAUUAUUAUUAUUAUUAUUAUUAUUAUUAGAACCUUUAAAUGUUAUAAUAACCAGGAGGAUGUGAGCCGUGUUGCCUCAGUCUCGUGUCACAACGAUGUAAUUGAAUGUAAGCAAUUAUAUACAUUUAUAUUUAUUGAGAAGAGCAGGAAGGUUGUUGUGCAUCUUUUUUCCCCGACAUUAUCUAAAUAACUAGAUGAAACUCACAGACAUAAUCUUACCUAAAAGAUGUAAAAAUACAGUAAGUUGUAAUGUUCAGUACAAGGCUUUUCACGAUUUAAUCUCAGAUUUUUCAACACAUCGGCUGGCUUUUAUUAUUAGGACUGGGUGAUAUGUUUGAGAUCAUAUCAGUAUCAUAAAUAUCUCAAUAUGGAAGUAAAAUAACCAACGUUCAAUGGAAUUAAGAUGAAAAACAAAAACUUCAAUAAAUUGUUUCUAAAAUGACGUAAGAUUGUAUGAUGAAAUGAUAUCUGUGAAAGUCUGUAACAGUAGCCCUGCAGUAAAUAUCAGUUUGAUGAAUGUUUAAAUCUUUUUUUUUUUUAAUUGUCAGAAGUAUCAAUGAGACGGUCAUUUAGCCUUGAGUGUGUCAAGUACAGGCAGCGACUACUGUAGCUGCACAGGUCUGAUAAAUUGUGACCCUAAAUUUUAAUUCAUCUGUCUGUAAUACUGUGGUCAUCAAUAUGUUAUGUGGGAAAAUCUCAAACGCAGACACAGUGGUCGCAAGUGGACUCAGUGCCGACUGAAUCCAAAAAAAUAACCACAUUCCAUCAACAGCAUCUGUCCCAAAUUUUACAUUAUGAACUUUAUCAAUUUAUAUUUACUGCAGGGCUUCUGUCUUGUUUUCAUUAACUUCUUGUAUAUUCAGAAAAACACUGAAGUUUUACUUUCAAGAGUCUAAUCACUUUAAUUGUAAGGCAUAUUCUCAUUUUCUGUAUUUAAAAAAAGUCAACCAGCCAACUGUCAAAUUGAACUGAUGUUUGUGAAUUACUGUACACCCUCCAUCUCCAAUGUAACUACAGCGAUUAUAUCUCUUACUUUACAGAAAACAUGGAUAUAUUCUGUUCUUUAGUUAAUUAAAACAAAGUUUAACAUGUCCUAGUCCUUUUCUCAGUCUGGGCAGUGACAUUUGGUGAUACUAGUCCUGCAUUUUCCCUGAGCUUUAACACCAGAAUUUGGUUAAGUGGUCUGCACUUGCUGUUAUUAAUUCAGUGAAUGUGGGAACAAUAAAAAUAAACUUGUGCUCCAUA